GGCCUGCUGUGCCCGGGUGUGUCUGAUAUGGCAAAGGAGCAUCUGCCUCUGUCCUACAUGUGCCUCAGCGAAUGCCAUGGCCUGGGAGUGCCCUGCCCAGCCGCUCUCACCUGCAAAGCCAGACUUAAUAUGGCAGGUACAGGGUGCCAAGCACACAGCUGCCCAAGGAGGACAUCUGCCUGGCCUCCCAGUCGGCACUGAGCAGCUGCCUCUGAUCCCUGGGCCAAGCAGAAGGCAACUGUUAAUAGCCUGAAGGGCUGGCCGGCUGAGAGGCUCAGAGACCACCAGCCCUGCUUCCAGCUCACCAGCAAGAGGUGGACAGCCCUGGUGCUGGUUUGGAUUUCCUCCGUGCUCUUAUCUAGAAGCCAUAUGGUGUCUGAGGAGCCACGACACUUAGUCACAACCAAGAUGUGGCCUAAGGCGGUAAAGCAAAGGAUGCCUAGGGACACAGAUCUAAGGGCUGAUAAACCAACUGAGAGAACAGCCACAGUGCCGCCAGCUUCUGUCACAUCGACCACAGGGACCUAGGCAGCCAGCCUGAACUCUACCAAUGUGACAGCGGAGAUGACAACACACUGGACCAACAGGAGCGCUCCAACAACCAGAGAGGACACUACGGACAGUGUGACCUCCAGGACUCUUGUACCACCUACAUCGUCAGGCCCCUCAUCUGUGGGGCAGACUCUACCCAUCACCACUGCUGGGCUUUCCUCUCUCAGCACACCACGUGUGGAAGUGCCAAGUACAAAUGCCAGGACAUCACCAAGAACAGCCACAGUGGCAGCAGUGGCCCCACACACCAUGACUGUUGCUACAGGCACCAUAAACACAAGCGGUCCCACAAGGACUCCGAGUCCUACCAAAAGCACACCUGCUAACACAUCCACCAUGAACCCCACACCCACCUCAGGUGCCCCGACACAAGGUACCACCAUCCAGGUGACAACAGGACAGCCAGUGCCUAGCACAGGGAGAUCAACACCUAGUCCUUUAAAUACCACCCUGGAGCCCACCACCACCCGCCCUGUGACUUCAGUGUCCUCUACAGUAGUGACCACCACCCAGAUACAAACCAAGGAGCCAACUGCCAGUACAGUGCCAGUGCCUCCCACCAGCCCGACCCCUGAAGUAGAAGCCACAUCCCCCACCACACAGCCAAGCCCUGCAUUACCUACCCAAGGGACAGGUGGGCCAGGCACACCAUUGACAACAGAGCGGGUGGAGACCAAAGCCACAGCCGGUACUGCCUCUGCUGGGCCUACACCCAGGAGCUCUGGGGACCCAAAGGUGCCAACCGAAGACUCAUGUCAUCUCAGCAACCAAGGCCAGUGCCUAGUGGUCACCACUGAGCCCCAGACCCCAUCCUUGGUGAACAAAAUGUUACUUCUGGCGAUGCUCGCUCUUGGGGUGACCCUGUUCAUUGCAGUUCUGGUGAUGUUUGCCCUGCAAGCCUGUGAGAGCUACAAGAAGAAGGACUACACGCAGGUGGUCUACCUGAUCAAUGGCAUGUAUGCUGACUUGGAGAUGUGA